AUGGCAGCGAAUCGCGAACGGGCGGGCCAUGUGCUCGUGUGGGAGCAGGCAGACAUGGCCACGGACGAGGGCAUCUUGCCGGCAAAACGGUUCGGUACUCGACAUUACAUCGUUUUCAUGCUGUUCCUUGGCAUGGCGAAUGCGUACGUCAUGCGAACGAACAUGUCCGUCGCGAUCGUCGCGAUGGUAAACCAGACCGCUAUCGAGAAGGAUGCCGAAGUGUUCGACGACGAAUGCCCCGAUACGGACUAUGGUGACGAUAACAAGGAUGACGAAAAGGAUGGCGAGUUUAUCUGGAGCACCAGCAUGCAGGGAUACAUUUUAUCGUCCUUCUUCUACGGCUACGUCAUCACGCAGAUCCCGUUCGGCCUGCUGGCCAAGCGGUACGGUGCGAUGCGUUUCCUUGGCUGGGGAAUGCUGAUCAACUCGGUGUUUGCGUUCGUGGUGCCGGUAGCCGCCCGACAGGGUGGUGCCGGUUGGCUGAUUGCCGUACGCUUCAUCCAGGGACUGGGCGAAGGUCCUAUCGUGCCGUGCACACAUGCCAUGCUGGCGAAAUGGAUUCCACCGAACGAACGGUCACGCGUUGGUUCGAUAGUGUACUCCGGCGCACAGUUCGGUACGGUAAUAUCGAUGCCACUGUCUGGGCUGCUGGCCGACCACGGGUUUGACGGUGGCUGGCCAUCUAUAUUCUACGUGUUCGGUAUCAUCGGUACGGUAUGGUCGAUCGCAUUCCUGUUCACCUGCCACGAGGACCCGGUGUCACAUCCCAGAAUACGGGAGGAUGAGAAGAAGUACAUCCAGCAAUCGCUUUGGGGCAAUGCGUCCGUUCACAUUCCGCCGAUUCCGUGGAUGAACAUCGCAAAGUCGCUACCAUUCUACGCCAUCCUGCUUGCACAUCUUGGCCAGAACUAUGGCUACGAAACACUGAUGACGGAGCUGCCCACUUACAUGAAACAAGUCCUACGAUUCUCCAUCAAGACCAAUGGUGUUCUGUCCGCCCUGCCCUAUCUGGCGAUGUGGCUGUUCUCGAUCCUGGUCGGUUGGGUUGCGGACUGGAUGUUGACGUCGGGUCGCUUCAACCACACCUGGACGCGCAAGAUCUCCAACAGCAUUGGCCAGUACGGUCCAGCGAUCGCACUCAUCAUCGCCUCGUACACCGGCUGUAGCCGAGCGCUCACCGUCGCCAUCCUGACGAUCGGCGUCGGUUUGAACGGUGGCAUCUAUGCCGGGUUUAAGAUCAACCAUCUGGACAUUACGCCCCGGUACGCGGGCGUACUGAUGGCAUUCACCAACUGUUCGGCCAAUUUGGCCGGUUUGCUCGCACCGAUCGCCGCCGGUAACAUCAUCGAGGGCAAACCAACGAUCGCGCAGUGGCGCAUCGUGUUCGUGAUAGCGGCGUGCGUGUACCUGUUCACCGCCACGUUCUACAACGUGUUCGCGUCCGGUGCCCGCCAGUUCUGGGACAAUCCGGAGAACGACGAACCACAGAAGUCCUCGAUCGAGGCCCCGGUGCACAGUGAGGUGAAUGGUAGCAACGCUGGUAGCAAUGGUACGGCGACCGCAACACUAACGCACCGGACGCUCAAUGAGCAGUCGUCGUAG